AUGGCUGAGAUACAAGGUGUGGUGAUCCCCGUCCUCCCGUCACAGGUCUCUUCUUCAUCAGCCUUCACCUUCGGCUCCGUAACCUACGGUCCACAGUUUGCCGUAGAUGGUGGAUUUGGCACCGACUUCAUCGCUGACAACACUACGUUCGCUUCGGCUGUCGGAGAUAGAAUGCCCUACAUGGACAUUGACCUGGGCAGCAACACCCUCCUCAACUCCAUCACCAUCACCAACAGGGCGGACUGCUGUUCCGAGCGUCUUCGCAACAUCAUCAUCGAGGUGUACGAAAACGACCCAACUCUUGGAGGGACACCACUGAUCUGCGCCACCGUCGGAAGCACCCCUCCUGCCGCCGGCUCCAACACCACCUUCUGCUGCACCGGCACACCUAUAGGAAGGUACAUCCGCCUCAACAAGUUCACCACCGUCGACGAUAACGACGUCCUUCAAGUGGUAGAGUUGGUGGUAGACGGCUCCUCUAAUGUCCCUGCAACCACUUCCAGCUGGAGGACAACUGCUUCUACUUCUCCGGAUUCCAAACAACCUAUGCCCAAGCCAAGGUAA